AUGCACGAUCGCUCGGACGAUCGUGCCGCGUUUGCGUUCGCGCAACUUGAGAGCGAACGUUUGACUCGUUCUCUUCGUGACGAGCUGACUGCAGCUCUUCAGGACAUCGCUCAACUGCGUGAGCAGGUCGCUUCGCGGAUCGAUCAGACUGGCUCGUUAAAACGGGACCACUCGAAGGUGCUCUCGGCUCUUGACCGCGGAGGUGUUCUAUGCAUCUUGAAACGGGCUCGUACUCAUAGUAAGAGCGGAGACGACCAACGCGAAACGUAG